GUACGCUGUUGAUCUCAAAGAUCAGGGAGGAGUAACCUGACUGCAUGAUGCUUACAUUCUCAGUUUUCCCCUCACCGAAAGUAUCUGAUACUGUGGUUGAGCCAUACAAUGCCACUCUUUCUAUCCACCAGUUGGUUGAGAACGCUGAUGAGUGUAUGGUUCUUGACAACGAGGCCCUCUACGACAUUUGCUUCAGGACUCUUAAGCUGACCACCCCUAGCUUUGGUGAUUUGAACCAUUUGAUCUCUGCAACCAUGAGUGGAGUCACCUGCUGGCUAAGGUUCCCUGGUCAGCUGAACUCCAACCUCAGGAAGCUGGCAGUGAACCUAAUCCCCUUCCCCCGCCUCCACUUCUUCAUGGUUGGCUUCGCGCCGCUGACGUCCCGUGGCUCCCAGCAGUACCGAGCACUCACAGUCCCCGAGCUCACACAGCAGAUGUGGGACGCCAAGAACAUGAUGUGCGCCGCUGACCCUCGCCACGGGCGUUACCUCACCGCCUCGGCCAUGUUCCACGGGAAUAUGAGCACCAAGGAGGUCGACGAGCAGAUGAUCAACGUGCAGAACAAGAACUCGUCCUACUUCGUGGAGUGGAUCCCCAACAACGUGAAGUCCAGCGUGUGUGACAUCCCGCCGAGGGGCCUGUCCAUGGCGUCCACCUUCGUGGGCAACUCAACUUCCAUCCAGGAGAUGUUCCGGAGGGUGAGCGAGCAGUUCACUGCCAUGUUUAGGAGGAAGGCUUUCUUGCACUGGUACACGGGCGAGGGCAUGGACGAGAUGGAGUUGUCUACUGAUACUGAAUUUCUAGGGAAAUCUGCUAGGAUGCUUGAGUUUGCUGUCAACAGGGAAAUCUGCUGGGAUGCUUGA